AUUAGAGGAAUUAGGGAGCCACACAUUUUGGUGGGGGUUGCCUUAUAUGAUGCCCUGUCUUGGUAGUUUCAAGCAACACGUCAAUAACCGAGUGCCCGAGUAACUCGUCGAUUGAACACCAGCAGCAUGAACACCGUCCUUUUCACCCUUUUCGCCAUAAUGGCGGUCACCGUCGCCGAAGUUGCUGACCCGACGGCGACUCCGAUCGCUAUUCUGAGCCAAUCCCAGUCCAUGGAGUCCGACGGCAGCUUCAAGUCCGAGUUCAAAACGGCCAACGGAAUCUCGGAACGAGUCGAAGGCAUAGUGAAGAAGAUCGCCGACGGUAGCGACGUCACGGUUGUACGCGGCUCCGUCACCUGGGUCGACAAAGACGGCAAAACCAAAACGUUCACCUACGUCGCUGACGAAAACGGAUAUCGGCCCGAGGCUGACUUCUUCCCGACAACGCCGCCGGUGCCUCUUGCCAUUGCGAGAGCCAUCGAAUGGGCCAAGACUCAUCCCGAGAGCACCACGAUUGAGAGCGAGGAGUGAGGCGUCGUCUGUGCGGGGCGGAAAUCGCCCAGCGGACUUACUUCAGUAACAUCUAAGUUCAUGAUUGCUUCUUUUUCAUUUUUUUUUUUUUUUUUUUCUUCCUUUCUUUCUUAGCUUAGAAGUUUUUCUGUACGUGCCAUGUACUAAUAUACCUACCGAACGAUUUAACUAAUUUGAAACAAAUAAAAGUUUGUUUUUUUU